UUCUGAGCCUGAAUCUUCAACACGGGGACAGUGCGCUGGCCUGGCAGCCUCCCCACGAGGAGGAAAUGAUACAGCAGCUCUCCCUCCUUCCUGCAACAACACCCCGGGCCAGACGCCACACAGUCACACUGAAUUAGACAGCUGGGGUUCUGUCUCUGUGCAGUUUACAGUCGAGGGGGGACAGAGACAAGUAAGCAGAUAACUGCUUUGAUAGGAACAAAUAAAUACAAUAAUAGCCAUGACCACACCAAUCGUGUAACUACCACGACAAUAAUGAUGGUGGCAAUGGCAACAGGUGACAUUCAUCAGGCACCUACAAGGUGCCAGAUACGGUGCAAAACGCUCAGUACGCAGGAUCUGAUGUAAGUUUCACAGUACCGCUGCCUCCCAGGCAUCUCGGCGUUACUCUGUGGAUGUGCGGUCGGAAGGUUAAGGAGCUUCCCCGGGCAGGGGGCUGCCCCUGGUCUCAGCAGUCAGUUCCUCCUCUGGAGGCAGCCUUGGACCGCCAGCCUGUGCCGGGACACUGCCAGGAGCCAUGGUCCCCGUCUACUCUCUCAUGCGGACCACAGCAGACAAGCCUGGAACCCCGCAGACAUGACCUGUUCAUUCUGGGUGUUUCUCUUGGGAGAAGAGGGAGAAACAGAGCGAAAGAACCGCUGGUCUGCUCCUGCCCUCGGCGGUUAAAUGAGACAGCGAGGGCUUUCACUGAACUGCAGGGCCCAGAACCCGUGUCCCCGAGCUCUCAUAAAGAGGGCCGCGACCCCGUCCUCCUGGUUGCGUGCGGCCUGCACCGUGCCUUCACAGCGCCCGUCCCGGGAAGCUACGGCAUCGUGUGUGAGUUCCCUCUCCCCCACUGACACUGGCUCCGGACGCCCAGGCUGUGUCCUGGGGCCCAGGGCAGGGCUGGGUGAGCAGCCGGAGCACCGGCCCAGUGUGCCGAGGGGGCCGGCGCGGUGUCCGUGGCUGCAGGGACGCCGGCUCUGCCGCGGAGGACACGUGGCUGGGAUGGGAGCCUCGUUCCCACGGGUUCCAGCAGCACCCGUGCGGCCCUGCCCUGGGUCAGCGCUGCCCAUUGAAGCAGCCUGGCAGCCCCGCUCCGCUCGCGGGGUGCCUUCCAAGUCUCGCACGUGGGAGAUUAAUGGGAGGCAGCUGUGUUGCAGGGAAACGACUCAACUGGAGUCACAAGACUUGCGUUCCAGUCCCGCCUCUGCUGGGGCUGAGCUGGGAGCCUGCUGCCCAGGCUCCUCGGCUCUGAGCCUCCUCUUCGUCACUGGAGAAGAGGGGGACCCCUGCCACCCCGGCUGUGGAGAGCACCUCCCUGAGGGUCUGGGGCAUGGGGCCCCCUUCCACCCUGGACCUGGGGGGUCCGUGGCUCUCGGUUGCUUUCCUGCAGGGGCUGAGAGCCCUGUUCCCAGAGAGGGGUCCUCUGUGGGUCUGCCAGCACCUCGCGGCUCUCCGGGCCCCGGGCCCCUCUGCCCUGAAAGUCCGUCUGUGUGGCCGUCUGGCCACCGUGUGGCCAGCUUUCACGGUGCAGCCCAGAGCUGGAGACUUUCGCAUUCACACGUGCUCUUUGUUUCUCAGACUUGCGGCUCUUCCGGGUCCUCACUGUGAGCCAGGCUCUAUCUCACACAUCAGUUUGCCCCGGUUCAUUUCUUUCUGAAAAAUGGCAGCAGGUUAGAGUCUUGGCUCCUGCGCUUGAUCUUGAUGUAAGAUGGAGACUCCCAGGACAGAGCGGAGGGGAACCUCAGAGUUUAUGGGCAAAACCCAGCUCUCCAGCCCUUGAGUCCCUCACCCAGGGACCCGGUACUUUCUGAGAAGGUACGAGGGUAGAGAGGGGGUGCCCUCCCCACAUCCAUGGGGUGAUCUCUUCUUCUCCUUGACCACAGCGAGGGGGUCUCUGGGCCACUUGAGGAGCCCGGUACGUGUCCCCCGCAGCUGGGAGGCCCAGGGGACUGGCCGUGCCCCACUCAGGCCUGGAGCCAACAUGGAGGUCAGUGGUGGCCACACUGGGCUUAGCUGCCCUUGCACACACGGUACCAGGACAGGUGUGGCGGGUCAAAGGACCUGUGGAAUCUGGAAAAAACCCUAUGAAAGUGCCCAGAGAGGGAGCAUCAGUGUUAUCAACUGCCACCUGGAUCUGCACUGUGCCCACACCACUCUUGGCACCUGGACCUGGCAGUCAGCAAGCCAAGGAAGGCGGAGAACACUGGAGAGGGUGAGGGCCAACACCCCUGCUCUCUGACCACCGGCAGCCGGGCCCCGGGGGCAGGGUGCCAGGGAAGGGGAAUGAACGCCAAAUCAGGUUUGGAGUUCCAGAACCGCACAGAACCAGUCUUCCAAGGACCACACUGGGACAGCCUGUGACUCCGAGUGAGUGCAGGCAAGUCACGGCUCUGUCGAGGUUGUUUCCUGGGGCAGCCACUUCCUGCAUGGCACAGAGGAUGGGGCAGAGCCCAGGGCACUCUGGGCCUUCAGGUGCAUCCCACUUCUUCCACAGUUUGGAUACAGGUGCCAACUGGUCCGGACCCUGGGGUUCAGCAACUGGCUGUGCCCCUUCUUCUAGGCAUGAGAUGAGGGGGGCAGGUACCCCAGCUCCUUCACCUGUAGGACGGGAUGUAUCACCCCCGGCCCCGCAGAGUAGGUGUGAGGCUCACCAGGCCAAACAUGGCACAGCUCCAAGCAGCGCCUGGCCGAGCGUACACACUCAAUCCGUGUUAGCUGCCAUUGCUGGUAUUACCACUAUCUUUGCACCUCUGUUUCCCGACCAUCAACCAGCUGGUGCGGUAGGUUUUGACACAGGCCCAUAAAUUCUCUGACACUCCUGUUGAGGGGCUGGUCAACCUCCCCUCUCCCUGGGUCUGGGGAGGCCUUGGCCUGCAGAGUGUGGCACAAGCGAGGCUAUGUGUCUUCCGAGGCGGGUCAUGGAGAUGCCCUGAUGCCCUGGGGACAUCCUCUCAGGGGAAGGAAGGCCAUGUAGGAGUUUGAUGGCCCCGAGGCCGUCAUGUGGCAGGGAAAUCCAGGCCACAUGGAGGCCACAGGUUCGCUUCUGUUCUGCCCCAGCUGCCACCCAGCACCAAGCACGUCUAGGUGGUUCCGGCCCCAGGAUCAAGUCCCUCUCGGCCGUCAAAUCUUUCCAGUUGAGGCCUCAGUUGUUGCGGAGCAGAGACAGGCCGGCCACCCAGCUGUGCCCUGUCCAAAUUCCUGGCCCUCAAAUCAAUGCAUACAGUAAAAUGGUCGCUUUGUGCUACUGGCUCCUGGGGUGGCUGGUUAUGUGGCUGCAGUGGCUGGCACGGCUGGUGCGUGGUGACCUGGAGCUGAGGUGAGGGCCCUCUGAGCCCCCCAUCCAGAGCUCUGUUGGCUGCGUCGGAGUCCCUCCAUUGCACAGCGUCAGCGCCUGGAGCUAAUGUUCCUGAGUGGGAGCGCCUGCCAGGCCCAGCCUCCGCCCUGCGAAGUAGGUCUAUGUGAGGUAUUUCUUCCUCUUCCCAUUUCACCAAUAAGAAAACUGAGGCUCGGCGGGAUCACGCCAAUCGCCCAAGGUCCCACAGCUGGGACGUGCUGGAGCUGGGCCUUGAACUCAGGUCUGCCAGACUCUGAAGCUGGGCUUUUACCCACAGGCAAUAAAACAAGGAAGACGGAAAGGUGUGUCGAGAGCAGUCCCGAAGGUGCAGAAACCUGCGGCCCAGGCGAGAUUUUUCCAUGGACUUGCUUUGCUGCCAAGGACCCUUCAGAGAAAACCUGCCAGUUGGUUCAGCGCGUGGAGGCGGGGGCGGACGCGCUCUGGAAAUGUCUUCACCGGUUCCAGGGCACAUACAAACAUCACUUGCCCUCUCUUGGGGUCAACGUUCUUUAUGAUUUUUGCUCUCCAGGAAAAUAUUAGUUCAUUAUAUAAACUAAACAUUACAUACAUGGGGAAAAUGGA